AUGAAAACUCUCCUCGUCCUGUUUGUCGUUCUCUUCCUUUGGGACCCAGUGACGGCAGGUUUUAACCUAAUUUCACCAGAAGUACACAAGAAAUGCUACAAAGGCGGCAUCUGCCGACUGGAGUGCUACAGAAGUGAAAUGCUGGUUGCUUACUGCAUGUUUCAUCUGGAGUGCUGCCUCACAGGGCGUCCUCCACCCUGA